ACGAACAGAGAGAAGGAGACAAAGUCUCGGGCCGAGGGAAGCACGCGCGCGCCGAUUUUUCGGGCGUGAUGCUGACGACUUGAAUCUUUUGCCGAAGAGGCGAGCGGCCGCCGCUAUACACACACACACACAUACGCAUCGAGGACUAGAUUUUAUUUUUAUUUUAAUUCUUGUUAUUGUUAUUAUUAUUGUUGUUGCUGUUGUUGCUGUUGUUGUUGUUGUUGUUGAUUUUGCAAUUGCCGUUUCAAUUGUGCCGAGGAGUGCGACGAGAUACACAGAGAGGACAGGAGUUGUUACCGAGGGGGCCUUUCGAAGAUUGGAUCAUCGAAGCGGCAAAGGUCAAGAAGAAUAGUGUUGUGCUUGUGCGCGGAAGAGGAUCGGCUGAGGGGCUGUUUUAUUUUUUUUAUUUUUGUUUUUUUUCAUCCGAUUUUCGUCACACUCGUAACACGCUCCAAGCUGGCUCGCUUGGGACACAGGCAGCACUAUGAAGCGCCAACAGUCAUGGGAUACGCAAAAACAGGAGUACACGCAGGAGCGUACCGAAACGCAGAUUACCAGGCAGCAGAUUACGCAGCAGAGAGUUCAAGGCGAGAUGAUCGUGCAAACCUCACCUACAUUGCCUGGAUUUUCGGGUAGACCAGGUGACCCAUCACCACCGGUGUUUGAGCAGAUUUUUAAGAAUGCCAGGUUUGCACAGGGUGGAAAUGCAAUCUUCGAUGGUCGCUUAAAAGGUAAUCCAAAACCUGUAGUGUCUUGGACUCACAAAGGCUCGUCCUUGAUCGAAACGCAAAAAGUUCGCAUGUCAUAUGACGAAAAAAGUGGAAACGUACGACUACAGAUAAAUCAAAUCGGACCGGGAGAUGAGGGAGAGUAUACUUGUCACGCGAAAAAUCAAUAUGGAGAAGCAAUUUGUUCAGUGUACAUUAAACCAGAAGGUUUUGGACCACCACCGCAACAAGGAAGCUUUAAAAAAGAAUUUCACAGUUACCAAAAGAUUAUUGACAACCAAUACUCAAAUGGUAGCAGCACUGAAGACUUUAAAGUUGAUACUUUUGAGUAUAGAAUUUUGAGAGAGACAGAAUUCCGCGAGUCAAUUACCCGUCGAUACGCGGGUGAGUCGGAUUCACAAAUUACAACUUCAGCCGAUCGACAACUUGGACAGGUUUCUCCACCUCAAAUUACACAGAAACCCAGAAAUUCAAAAAUUUCGGAAGGUUCGGAAGCGAUAUUUUCCGCUAGAGUAUCGGGAAAUCCGAAACCAAGGCUGACGUGGUUCAAAAAUGGCCAGCGCAUACGCGACUCACAAAAUAUUGAAACGACAUACUCAAACCAACAAGCACAACUGAAAAUCCGUAAAGUGACUACAGACGAUGGUGGACAUUACUCUCUUUUAUCGGAAAAUCCACAAGGUUGUACAGUUAGCUCAGCCUACCUUGCUGUUGAGUCGAACGAUCAGGUCGACCAUGUACCCAUCCAUACAACUGAAAGCACCAGGGAAGUCACAUCGACGUUCCAGUCUAGUACUCCUGUGGAGUCUCCUGACAGUAGCAAAAUUCUCGCACCGAAUUUCAUUCGCACUUGCGCCGAUCGCGAUAUCACCGAAGGAAAAAUGACGAGAUUUGAUUGCCGUGUAACUGGACGACCGUAUCCCGAAGUAACUUGGUACAUUAAUGGAUCUCCUGUCAACAACGAUGCAACCCACAAAAUUUUGGUUAAUGAGUCUGGCAGUAACUCUCUUAUGAUUACAAACGUCGACAGAUCUGACGGCGGAAUCGUUACGUGUGUAGCUCGUAACAAGGCCGGUGAAACGUCUUUUCAGUGUAAUCUCAACGUGAUAGAGAAAGAACAAGUCAUAGCUCCGAAAUUUGUUGAACGAUUCAUGACGACUACUGUUAAAGAAGGCGAACCCGUGAUUUUCUCUGCCCGAGCAGUUGCAGCUCCGUCACCUCGAAUCACUUGGCAAAAGGAUGGUAUACAAAUUAUGCCUGGACCUGACGUGCGCAUUAUGACAGAUGGCAGUGGAGCCUCUACUUUAGACAUACCGCGAGCUACAUUCAAUGAUGCAGCCUGGUAUCAGUGUACUGCGCAAAAUAUUGCAGGCUCUACUGCCACCCGAGCCCGCUUGUUCGUUGAAACUCUUAAGACAGCAGCUCCCGAACCACCAAGACGUCUAAACUUACCUCGACCGACGAGAGUCAUCGAACCUGAACCAAUACCUGACCCUGAAGUGAUACAUUUAAAACCGGUGGAAAGAACAAGACCAUACGUACCUCCAUCUGAAGAGGAACGUAUAUAUCCGCCACCACGCUUCAUUGUACCAUUACGUGAUUGUCAUCAAAUUGAAGGUGGUCGCAUUCACUUAGAGGCCAGGAUCGAACCGGUGGGAGACCCUACAAUGAGAGUGGAGUGGUAUUUUAAUGGACGAGCUUUAAGUGCAAGUUCCCGAGCAACGUCUAUCUUUCGUUUUGGUUUCAUUGCUUUGGACUUAAUAAGCAUUAUAAUGGAAGAUAGCGGCGAGUAUGUUUGCAGUGUAGUUAGCUCAACUGGAAUAGCAGAAUCUCGAGCCACUCUCAGUGUCACACCUCGUGCCACUAUCGAACAAACGAGUCAAAAUCCCGAAAGUCUUCGCUAUAUUCAACAUCUUGAAGAUUAUAAUAAGUAUCAAAGACAAGAAAGUAUGGAAGAAAUGUCUGCUCCGCGACCCGUUUUUAUCAAACCUCUCCAAGAUUUAGGCGAACUGCAAGAGGGUCGUAAUGCUCAUUUUGAGGCACAGCUGACUCCUGUUAGCGACCCUACCAUAAAAGUGGAGUGGUAUAAAGAUGGAAGACCUAUCACAGCUAGUUCUAGAAUCUCGACAAUCUUCAACUUCGGUUACGUCUCCCUUAAUAUUAUGCACCUACGGGCUGAAGAUGCAGGUUCUUACACAGUUCGAGCUUACUCACUACGUGAUUGCAACGGAACAGCCGAAGCUGUCAGUUCAGCCACAUUGUUCGUGCAAUCACGUACGAGUGUUACGAGUGAUCUAGGUAUUCCCGAGCAGCAACGAUACAUUGAAGCUACUGAGGAAUUGGAAGCUUAUCAACAAUCUACUCAUCAUAAGUAUAUUCAAGAGCCGCCUGAGCAGACAAUCCCACCGGUAUUUAAAACACCCAUAAAAGAUCAAAUUAAUAUUCGAGAAGGAGGAUUCGCACAUUAUGAAGCUCAACUCGAACCCGUCGGAGAUGCUUCACUCCGCGUCGAAUGGCUUAAAGAUGGACGUCCCGUCGAAGCUAGUUCACGAAUUACAACAUUCUUUAACUUUGGAUACGUUGCACUUACGAUAAAAUAUGUUACAAUUCAUGAUGUUGGAAUUUAUACGUGCCGAGCUUACAAUCGUUCUGGUGAAUCACAUACUUCAGCUCAAUUAAGUGUUAUUACCAAAGAUGAUAUAAUUUAUGAUAGUCAACAUCCCAGUGGAUUACAAAAAAUACAAAGUUUAGAAGACUCCAGCCGGUACUCGCGCAAAGUCGAGGAAGAACAGCAAAUUAGUCAGCCACCUAAAUUUUUAGGGCCUUUGAAAGGUACUAAUAAAAUUGUUGAAGGUCAAAGAGCUCAUUUCGAAGCUCGCGUGGAACCUCAAAGUGAUCUGUCGAUGAAAAUUGAAUGGUACCAUAAUGGCAAACCUAUCACUGCCGCAAACAGAAUCCAAACUUACCAUGACUUUGGUUAUGUUGCCAUUGAUAUUCUCCAAGUUCGACCAGAGGAUGCAGGAAAUUACGUAGUGGUUGCAAGGAAUAACUUAAGUGAAGCAAAAUUGUCGACUAAUAUGAUAGUUGAAACUCGCUCUAGCAUUGACACAAGUAGCAUGCAUCACGGUGCGUAUGAAAAAACACAACGUUUUGAAGAAUCCAAAUUUGUCGAACCACAAUACUACAUCGAAGAAAUUUCAAAAUCAAAGCCAAUUUUUAUUCAACCUCUCAGUGAUCCUCCACCAGUAAGUGAAGGUAAAAAUAUUCACCUUGAAUGUCGAUUAGAACCCAUGGGGGAUCCAACAAUGCGUGUUGAAUGGUUUCAAAAUGGCAGACCAGUUACUGUUGGCUCAAGAUUCCGGACAUACUACGAUUUUGGUUUUGUUGCACUUGAUAUAAUCCAUACAAGUGCCCUAGACUCGGGUGAAUACACAGCUCGUGCUACAAAUCACUUGGGAUCAGCACAUACUUCGGCAUGCGUUCGUGUUAUUGGUCGCUCAGAUGUAGUUACUGACACUCAAAACGAACAAUCUUUAGAACAAAUCCAAAUGCUGGAAGACUCAAGUAGAUACAGAAGAACUCAACAAGAUGAAGUAAUGGUUCAACAAGCUCCGCAAUUCACUCGACCACUCCAUAAUAUCGAAACCGUUGAAUUAACAAACGUUCACUUGGAAUGCCGUUUGCAACCUGUAGGUGAUGCAUCGAUGAGAGUUGACUGGUUUGUAAAUGGAAGACCAGUAAAAACAGGGCAUCGUUUUAGACCAUCUUAUGAAUUUGAUUAUGUAGCUCUUGACAUAUUGGGUGUUUAUCCCGAGGAUUCAGGAGUAUAUACGUGUCAAGCGAGUAACCAACUUGGUGAAGCUGUAACGUCAUGUUCUGUUAGAGUACACGCUAAAAAAGAUUUAAUCACGGAGUCUCAAAAUCCUGAAGGUCUUGAACGAAUUCAAUACUUAGAGGACGCCUCUAGGUAUAAAAGACACGAACUUGUAGAUGAAGUCGUGAAUAUUAAGCCCAAAUUUAUAACUCAUCCUAAAAGUCAAGAAAAUCUUCGAGAAGGACAACACGCCCACUUUGAAUGUAAGCUCGAGCCAGUGACCGAUUCCAAUUUGAAAGUGGAGUGGUACAAAAACGGUCGUCCAGUCACAAUAGGACACCGAUUCCGACCAAUUCACGACUUUGGCUAUGUCGCUUUAGAUGUGAUAGAUUUAAUUGCUGAAGAUUCUGGUGUUUACACUGUACGAGCUGUAAAUCUUGUCGGAAGUGACGAAGUUUCAUGUAAAUUGAGUUGCCGAUCCACAGCUCAAAUAUUAACAGACACACAAAAUGAAACAGGUCUUGAACAAAUUCAUUACCUUGAAGAUAGAUCAAAAUAUCAUCGACAAGAAGAUAUUGAAGAAGUUACAACUCAAGCACCAAUAUUUACUACUUCGUUGAAUAACGUAGAAAUUAAAGAAGGUCAGCGAGCGCACUUUGAAUGCAGAUUAAUUCCAGUAUCUGAUGCUACAAUGAAGGUGGAGUGGCUCCACAACAAUUUACCUGUAAAGGCAGGAUCACGAUUCGUUGAAACUAAUAGUUUUGGCUUUGUUGCUUUGGAUAUCAUGUAUGCUUACCCAGAAGAUGCUGGAACUUAUGUUUGUCUAGCGAGAAAUGCUAUUGGAGAAGCUAUUACUUCAGCAACCGCUGUAGUUCAUUCUAAAAAAUCUAUUUAUCUGGAGUCUCAAAAUGAAGAUGCUUUGCAGAAAGUCAGACAAUUGGAGGAUCAUUCUCGGUAUCAACGCAAAGUUUUACAAGAAGAAACAAGUGUAUCACAAGCUCCCGUUUUCACAAUGCCCAUCAAAGAUUUACAAGUUGCUGAAAAUCAAGCAGCGCACUUUGAAGCUCGACUUAUUCCUGUAGGAGAUUCAAGCCUCCAAGUGCAGUGGUUGCGGAAUGGUGUACCAAUUUUAGCCUCCAAUCGAAUUACAACAAUGCAUGACUUUGGUUACGUUGCUCUCAACAUGAAAUACGUAAAUCCAGAAGAUGCAGGAACUUAUACUUGUCGAGCUUAUAAUGAAUUGGGUGAAGCUGUUACAUCAGCCACAUUGUUUGUGCAAUCAAAAGCAGCAUUACAGUACGAAUCACAACACGAAAGUGCAUUAUCAAAACUCCAAGCACUAGAAGAUACGAGCAAAUAUCAAAAACGAAGUGAGGAAGAGAUUACUAUCACAGAAAAACCACGAUUUACAGUCCAACUAAAUGGACCAAAAAAUUUAGUGGAAGGUCAAAGCGCACAUUAUGAGUGUCGUAUCGAACCUUAUCCAGAUGCUUCCUUAAAAGUAGAGUGGUUCCAAAAUGGUAAACCACUUUCUACUGGACACAGAUACAGAACAGCAUAUGACUUUGGUUUUGCCUCACUUGAUAUACUCACAGUUUACGCUGAAGACUCUGGCACUUACACAUGCAAAGUAUCCAAAAAAGUAUCCAAUGAACUGAAUGAAGCUGUUACUUCAGCCGCAUUGGUUGUGCAACCUCGGGAUUCGAUCAUCAGUGAGACCCAACAUGAAGGUGCAUUAAAGAAGAUACAGUAUCUGGAGAGUGAUUCGCGGUAUCAACGUCAUGAUAAAGAAGAUGUAUUUAUUGCCGAAAAACCAAAGUUUGGAAGACCAUUGAAAAAUAUUGAACACUUGCCUGAAGGAAAGAAUGCACAUUUAGAAGCAACGCUGACACCCGUUAACGAUCCAACUAUGGUAGUUGAAUGGUUCAGAAAUGGAAAGCCUAUUCCUCAAGGACACAAAUUUAAAACAACAUAUGAUUUUGGAUUUGUUGCAUUAGAUAUUUUGUAUGCUUACCCAGAAGAUUCAGGAACGUAUAUGUUGAAGGCUUCAAAUGUUGUUGGAGAAGCUGUAACUACUUGUGUCAUAUCUGUUGAUUCUAAACAAAGCCUGUGUCUCGAUACGCUUGAUGCGCAACGUCUGGAAAAAAUUCGAGAGCUAGAAACGGUGGAGAUCAAGGAGGUAGCUGAACAAGAAAUUGUACAUCAAAAACCUGUUUUCCUUACACCUCUUAAUAGCUUGGAUCACCUUAAAGAGGGAGAACACGCUCAUCUAGAAUGUCGUGUGGAACCCAUUAAUGACGCCAAUUUAAAAAUAGAAUGGUUUGUGAAUGGAAAAGCUGUUAAAACUGGACAUCGCUUCCGAACAACUCAUGAUUUUGGAUACGUAGCUUUAGAUAUCUUGUACAGUUAUGCAGAAGAUUCGGGGACGUACAUUGCAAAAGCGUCAAACCUUGCAGGGGAAGCUGUUAAUACAUGUACUAUUAAAGUUGGAUCUCACCGAAGUCUUAUAUUCGACACUCAACAUCCUGAUGGGUUGGAAAAAAUUAGAGAAUUAGAAGCUCAAGGUCGUCCAACAAGACUAGAAAUCGAAGAACCUCCAGUAUUCCCACCAAGAUUUGUGACGGAGCUUAGAGGUACAACCGAAAUAUACGAAGGGCAAACAGCUCAUUUUGAGUGCCAAAUUGAACCGUUACAUGAUGCCAACUUAAGAAUUGAAUUUUUCCAUAACGGAAAACCUUUACCAUCAGCAUCUAGAUUCCACGUGACUUUUGACUUUGGUUACGUAGCUCUUGUAAUUUCCCAUGCUGUGCCAGAAGAUGCUGGACAAUAUUCUGUACGAGCUAUAAAUGCUCUUGGUCAAUGUGUUUCUUCGACAGAACUGAAAGUUAUUCAAAAAGAUAACAUCAUCCUAGACUCUCAACGUCCCGAAGGUUUGGAUAAAAUACGUGAGCUGGAAUCGCAACAACCAUGGAAAAGACCAGAGAUUCCUGAACCACAAACGAAACAAAGACCAGUUUUCACUCAACCAUUACAAAACAUUGAUAAUAUUCCGGAAGGUCAAAUAGCUCAUUUUGAAUGUCGAUUAAUACCAGUUGGAGAUGCAUCACUGAAAAUCGAAUGGUUCAGAAAUGAAAAACCUAUUGAAACAAGUUCACGAAUCACAAAAACUCAUGAUUUCGGAUACGUAUCUCUUAAUAUUUCUCACGUUCGUGAGGAAGAUGAAGGCGUAUACAUGUGUCGUGCUGUUAAUGCUCUUGGUGAAGCUGUAACUACUGCAUCGAUGAAAAUGUUGUCAAAAGCAAGUAUUCAGUUAGAUACGCAACAUCCUGAAGCACAACAAAAAAUUGCUCGUUUAGAAGCUGAUAGAAUACCAAUGCGUCCAGAAGAACCUGAAAAAGUUUUUGACAAACCAAUCUUUACUCAAUUGUUGACUGGACCAGCAGAAUUAUGGGAAGGACAAGUGGCUCAUUACGAAUGUCGAGUAGUUCCUGUUGGUGAUAUCAAUUUAAGAUUUGAGUGGUACGUUAAUGGCGUCGAAUUAAAAAUGGGUUCUCGUUAUCAUGUGAGCCAUGACUUUGGUUUUGUUACGCUAGAUAUAAUGAAAGUUAUUCCUGAAGAUUCUGGUAUAAUUACUGUAAAGGCUAUAAAUAAAUCCGGCGAAGCUGUAUCAUCUAUCUCUCUUAAAGUAAAAGCUCGGUCAGCUAUAUCUAGUGAUGCUAUUCAACCUGAAGCAUGGCAAAAGAUACAACUUAAAGAGGCAGAAAUGAAUAAAGUUCCAGAAAUGUUUAUAGACACGACACCGCAACAGGCACCUGUUUUUACAACACAUCUUAAGAGUUACGAUAAUUUAGUAGAAGGACAACAUGUUUACUUAGAAGCCCAAGUAGAACCUCGAGCCGAUCCAAACCUUCGUGUUGAAUGGUUCAAAAAUGGUGUUACUCUUCAAAUGGGAACACGCUUGAAAAGUACUUUCGAUUUUGGUUUAGUUUCCUUAUCAAUUAACGGCUCACGUUCAGAUGACUCUGCAAUUUAUACCUGCAAGGCUACCAAUUUACUCGGAGAAGCUGUAUCGACAAGUAGCUUAAAAGUGGUAGAUAAGCAUUGGCUCUUGGGAGAUACAUUACAUCCUGAUGCUCUCUCGAAAAUAAGUGCUCUUGAGCAACCAUCAAUGGAUACGCAAGAAAAACCGGAGCCAACUUACGAAGAACCCGUAUUUAUUAGUCAUCUUAAUAAUAUAGAGUGCACUGAAGGUGAUAACGUUCACUUUGAAUGUAGUGUACAACCAUCGAAAGAUCCAACUAUGAAAAUCGAAUGGUUCCUCAAUGGACAACCGUUACCAUUUGGUGCUCGAUUUACAUCAACUUAUGAUUUUGGAUAUGUAGCGUUAGACUUAUCGCAUGCUUAUGAAGAAGACUCAGGUAUAAUUACUGUAAAAGCAACCAAUUCGAAAGGUUCAGCUCAGACUUCUGGAACUCUAAAAUGUACUAGUAAACAAAAUAUUUAUCUACAAACUCAACAUCCACAAGGUGAGGCUGGAUUCGAAAAAGUAAAAGAAGUUGAUGAUGCUUAUGCAUCAAAAGCUAGAAAACCGGAAACUAGCCCAGAAAAAGAAUAUCCUCAGCCUGUUUGGACAGUUCCUUUCGUUACUGAGAUUAAACUAGGAGAGACUGAACCAUUACAUUUAGAAGGACAAGUUGAACCAAAAGAUGACCCCAACUUAAGAAUUGAGUGGUAUUUUAAUGGAAAAGUUUUACCCUAUGCUUCGAGAUUCAAAACUACGUGUGAUUUCGGAUUUAUUACUCUGGAUUUGACCGACGCUUAUGAUAGAGACUCUGGUAUCUAUACAGCAAAAGCUUACAAUAAGAAAGGCGAAGCCUUUACUUCAUCAACAAUAUACUGUUCAACAAAAGAGAAUGUAAUAGAACUUUCUCAGCAUCCCAAAGGAAAAGAGGGACUUGAGGCAAUUCAAGAUUUGGAAGAAUCAUUACUUAAAAAGCCAGGUGCACCAUUACAAGAUGAAGAAGGUCGAGCACCAGUUUUUACAUCACAAUCAGAAAAUAUUUCAAACUUGUCAGAAGGAGAGCUGGCUCAUUUUGAAGCUACGCUUGUUCCUACUGGGGAUCAAACAAUGGUUAUCGAAUGGUAUUUUAAUGAAAAACCAAUAGAAGCAAGUCAUCGCAUUCGUACGGUUUACGCAUUUGGAACAGUAGUUCUUGAAGUACAUGGUACAAAAAUAGAAGACACUGGAAGCUACAUUUGUAAAGCGUCAAAUCAAUGGGGAAAAGCUGAAGUUGUUUUAAUGUUGGAAUGCGUUGAUAAAUCUAUGGGACAAAAACCAAGAUUCACAACCCAAAUUCAAUCGUUAGAUAAUCUUAAAGAUUAUCAAUCAGCGCAUUUCGAAUGUACUCUUGUUCCAGUUGGGGAUGCAAAUAUGAAAGUGGAAUGGUAUCAUAACGGGCAACCUCUACGCCAUUCGUCACGAUAUAAAAUGGUGUCGGACUUUGGAUUUGUUGUCAUGGAUAUUGCUGGUGUUAUGUCACAUGAUAGUGGCGAAUAUGUUUGUAAAGCAAGUAAUAAAUUUGGUGAAGACUGCACAAAAGCUACGUUGAAAUGCUACGGUAAAAGUGGUGUAUACCUUGACACUUUACAGCCUGAUUCACUGGCAAAAAUAAAAGAAUUGGAAGCAUAUACGGGUGAUCAACAAGUCGCGACACUGCCACCAGUAACUGAACCACCUAAAUUUAUUACUCAGAUUACCGACAUUGCCAAGUUAGUUGAGGGACAAUCUGCUCACUUCGAGGCACGAUUAACACCGAUCACAGAUUCAGAUUUGAAGGUAGAAUGGUAUUGCAAUGGAAAAAAAUUACCCCAUGGCCAUCGAUACCGUACAUUCCAUGACUUUGGAAUUGUUAUUCUUGAUAUACUUUACUGCUAUGAAGAAAACUCAGGAGAAUAUGAAUGUCGUGCAAUCAAUAAAUAUGGUCAAGAUUCUACAAAAGCAACUUUAAGAUGCAUAUCAAAAUCCAAUUUGAUUCUUGAAUCACAGUUACCAAAAGGUAUGGAAGGAGGUCUUGAAAAAAUUCAAACAUUAGAAGAUUCAUUAAUCAAGACUAGGGAUGAAACGGUAACAGAAGCCAAAGGAAAAGCACCUGUAUUCACAGUUCCACUAAGCAACUUAGAUGAUCUUCGUGAAGGAGAAAGUGCACAUUUUGAAGCUCGAUUCACACCAACAAAUGACUCAAAACUAAAGGUCGAAUGGUUCUGGAAUGGAAAAUCAUUGAGAACUGGAACUCGAUUCCGUACUUUCUGUGAUUUUGGUUUCGUGAUUCUUGAAAUAUCACCUAUAUAUCCCGAAGAUUCUGGAGAAUACAGUUGUCGAGCCACGAAUGAUUAUGGUGAAGCAGUAACAACAUGCACAAUGAAGUGCACUGGUAAACGCAGCAUAAUUUUAGAAUCUCAAUUACCUAAAGGAAUGGAAGGUACCAUAAACAAAAUUGCUGAGCUCGAAGGACUUGGUGUAGAAUCCGGUCAGCCCGUUCCUGAUGAUGACACAGGAAAACCACCAGAAUUCAUAACAACUCCAUCAGAUUUAACUCUUUCUGAAAAUUCUUUGGCCCAUUUUGAAUGCAGGCUACAACCUGUAAAUGACUCUAGCAUGAGAGUAGAAUGGUUCCAUAAUGGUAAACCACUUUUAGCUGGAUCUCGAGUUAAAACGAUUCAUGAUUUUGGUUUUGUUAUACUUGAGGUAGCUAAUUGUUAUCAGCGAGAUUCAGGGCUUUACACGUGUAAGGCUAUCAACAGACAUGGAGAAGCAACCGUGUCAUGUAAACUUCAAGUACGAGGUAGACAAGGAAUUAUUCUUGAACCUCAGCUUCCUAGUAAUUUCAAAACGGGUACAGAAAGUAUCCAGAAGCUUGAAGAAUCGCUUUAUAAGAGAGAGGAAAUUCUUGCUGAAGAAGAAAAACCAAAUCCACCUAGAUUUACAGUUGAAUUGAAAAAUAUAGAAGUUAAUGAAGGUGAAUCUAGUCAUUUUGAUUGUCGAGUCGAACCCGUAGGAGAUUCAACAAUGAGAAUAGAUUGGUUCCAUAACGGAAGACCAUUUGCAACUGGAUCUAGAGUACAUCAAAUUAAUGAUUUUGGUUUUAUUUCAUUGGAUUUGUCGUAUACGUACGCAAGAGAUAGCGGUGAGUACGUAUGCAAAGCUACAAACAAAUGGGGCACAGCAAUGACCAAAGCAACUAUCACAUGUAAAUCUAAAAAAUCAAUUGAUUUUGAUUCACAACUUCCAUCUGGAAUGAGCGGUGAAAAACUAAAGGAACUCGAACGUGGACCAGUAUCGGAAGCUCCACCACAGGAAGCUCCUUCACGACAACCACCAAAGUUCAUCACACAAAUUAAAUCAGUUACAGUAGAAGAGAAUGAAACUGUAAGAUUUGAAUGUCAAGUUGGACCAAAAGAUGAUUCGAAUUUACGUAUAGAAUGGUACAGAAAUGGUAAACUUAUACCUGCUGGACAUCGCUAUCGAACAGUUUACGAUAUGGGAUUUGUUUCGAUGGAUAUAUUGUACGUGUAUCCAGAAGACUCUGGAGAAUACAUUUGUAAAGCAAUAAACAAUUAUGGAGAAGACACAACACGUGCUUCAGUAUCUUGUAAAAAAUUACCAAGUAUUAUUUUACAAAACCAAGUACCUAAGGGUAUGAAAAAAUCCGAGGCACUCAUGCAAAUGGAAGCCACAAUAAAAAAAUACACUUCAGAAGUACAUCUAACGGAAGACGAUUUAUACGAUGCAGAUAAAAAACAACCACCAAGAUUUGUCACUCAGAUUAAAGAUCAAGUUGAUCUUGUUGAAAUGAAUAGUACAAAAUUCGAAUGCCAGUUAGCACCAGUUGGUGAUCCAAAUAUGAAAGUUGAAUGGUUUUUGAACGGGAAACCGUUACCUCAUAAAAACAGAUUUACCCCUAUUUAUGAUUUUGGUUAUGUGGCUAUGAACUUUGGGUGGGUAUACCCUGAAGAUAGUGGGGAAUAUUUAUGCAGAGCUACAAAUCUUUAUGGUAUGGAUGAAACAAAAGCCGUAAUACGAACAACUGGAAAACCAGGAAUAAUAUACGAAUCCCAAUUGCCUAAGGGUAUGAAGAGUAUUGAAAAGAUUCGAGAGAUGGAAGCUGCGUGGCAAGUAGUUCCUGAAGAAGAAACCGAGGUUGAAAAAGUUCGAGCACCCCCUACGUUUGUCAGCAAACCCGAACCAGUCACUGUCGAAGAAGGAGAUUAUUCCAGAUUUUGCUGCAGAGUCACAGGUUACCCAAGACCUCGAGUAAUGUGGCUCAUAAACGGUCAUACUGUCGUGAGUGGUUCUCGUUAUAAACUUACUUACGACGGCAUGUAUCAUAUGGAUAUACCUAAGACAAGGCAAUACGAUAAUGGCAAAAUUGAGGUAGUUGCAAGAAGUUCUGUUGGUGAAGCUCGGACAGAAACAACCCUAACUGUGACACCUCGUAGUGGUGAUUAUCGCGGAGUUUUGAAAUCAUCACCUCGACCUUGGUACGAUUCUGAUUUUACUCAGCAACGAACAGAAAAAGAAGAAACGGAAGUAGAAAGAGUUUUCGACGAACGAAGGCAAAAUAUCAGUCAAAAUACUUUGAUCGCUACAGAGCUUCUUGGACAAAAGAUUCAUAAAGAACCAGAAACGGAAUGGCAAAAAUCAGUUAAAUCAAAGAAAAAGGAAGAUUAUUAUCAUAAAAUAACAAGUCUAGAAGAAGAUCAGUUACUCAAAGAGUCGAGACUUAGAGAAGCAUCUCAUCAGUUUGCUAUACCAGGGGAUAAAAUUGUCAAUAAUUCGGUUGCCAAGGGAAUGGCUCAAAAAUAUCAAGAAACUUUGGAAAUACAAACUCAAAAAUCAGCUGAAACGCCCACGAAAAAUGUUAAAAAAUUUACGACCGAGGUAGACAUUGAUUCUCAACAAGUCGGAAAAUAUCCUCCAGAUCCUUCCGAGUCAACUAUCCAUGGUCGGGAGGUUCACGUUUCUAAACAAAAACAAACUCAAAAAGAAGUGAGGGAUGAUGUAGAAAUAACUAGGAAAAUAACAGCAACUGAAACAACAGAGGUAGAACAUAAAGCUAAAACACAAGAGCGCAUAGUUCAAGGACAAGUGAAACCGUCAGUUCCACCUGUAUUUACUAAAAAAAUUCAACCAUGCCGAUCGUUUGAACAAGAACAAGCUAAAUUUGAAGUUGAAUUUGAUGGUGAUCCAUUACCAACUAUCAAGUGGUAUCGUGAGGACUUUCCAAUAACAAAUUCUACUGAUCUACAAAUUCAUACCUUCAGCACAAAAUCUAUAUUAGUCAUACGUCAAGUGUUUAUGGAAGAUUCAGGCGUCUUUUCAGUGAUUGCUGAAAACAGAGGUGGAAAAGCUAAAUGUAGUGCUAAUCUUGUUGUUGAAGAAAGACGUAGACAACCAGGAAGAGGAGGAGUUGUACCGCCUAGUUUCAUUACAACUGCUCAAAAUGCAUCUGUAAACAGUGGCCAACUAGCUCGAUUUGAUACUAAAGUCACUGGCACUAAGCCCAUUGACGUAUAUUGGUUGAAGGGUGGAAAAAAAAUUAGUCCAGACAUUCGUUACAAGACUUUAGAAGAAGAUAAUACUUAUACUCUUCUCAUAUUAGAAAGUGUUUCAGAAGAUACAGGAAGGUACGAAUGUGUAGCUAUAAACAGCGCAGGGGAAGCUCGUUGUGAAGCUGAAUUGAAUGUUCGUCAGCCACAAUCAUCAGCUAAAGCUACAAAACAGUUACCAACUGAUGCCGAGAAAGCACCAAUGAUUUUACAACCUAUAAAAGAUCAAACUAUAAAAGAGGGAACAUCGGUUGCAUUUUCUUGUAGAAUUGUUGGAAAGCCAAUUCCAACUAUUCAAUGGAAAAAAGGAGAUAAGAUCAUAAAACCUUCAAAGUAUUUCCAAAUGCUAAAAGAAGCAGAUCUUUGUACUCUGAGAAUUUCUGAAGCGUUCCCAGAAGAUGAAGGUGUUUAUAAAUGUGUGGCUAAAAAUGCAGCUGGUGAAGUAACAACAACUGCCAAUUUAAAAGUACUUGCUCCUGAUGCAGCUGAUAUACUACCAAAGUUGACUCCACUUAAAGACCAAAUUGUUUUGGAGGGUCAACCUGCGCAAUUCAAAACACAAGUUACGCCUACAAAGCCUAAACCGACAAUCCAAUGGUACCGCGAAAGUGCUCUUAUCCCUGAAUCACCAGAUUUCCAGAUGAUUCAUGAAGGAAAUAAUGCUGUACUUUUAAUUGCAACCACCUAUGAAGAAGACACUGGUACAUUUACAUGUCGUGCAACAACAACAGCAGGAACAGUUGAAUCAUCCGCAAAACUCAUCGUUAAAAGUAAGAAUUAAUUUAAAUUUUAAACUGUUAUAAAUCAUGAUGUUGACUGUUAUCCCUUUGAUAAAGCGACGAAGAAUUUUCAAUUUUAAUUUUCUGAUCCAAAGGGAUAAAUGAUAAUUCAAAAUUUUAUCGUCGCACUGCCAAUGAUAUUUCUGCUUUCUUAACAAAAUUACCGUUUUUACAAUUUUUGACAUCUAUGAGCCGGGUAGUUUCUUACUAACAAAAAUAAUCUUGAAAAAAAAGUGUAAUAAGGCGUAGGUGGUGCUAAAAAAUACAUUGAAUAACAUAAAAUAAGCCAUACCAAGCAAAAUAGUUUAUUUGCUGACAACAUUUGUUUAUAUAUCAUGUAUUUUUAUAAAUGAUGAUCAGAUAAAAUUUUUCAAGGUUAACAGUAGACACUGAAAAUUUAAUAUACAUAUUUAUAUAGUUGUUAAGAAACAUUGUUAUUUUUUGUCGAAUUCGCAUACAAAAGAUGUUUUUGUUCAUUCUAUGUAUACGCCGAAAAGAAUUUAUAUAAAUAUUUAUAAUUUCUAACAUCUAAUAAAUUAUUUAUUGUAUUAUAAAAAGUUAAUAAAA